AUGAAUGAUUAUGAUAAAAGAGAUAUGGAUUCAACAAAGUGUUGUGAAGAUUUACACAAGGAUUCUCACUAUUCCCCUGGUUAUUACUGGUUGGGUAAUAAUACACUCAAGGUAGACUUGAGUCUUCACAGAGAUAAUCGUGAAAGAUUAGUUGAAAGCAUUCUUUCAAAUGAAAAGGAUAUUCAACCAAAUUCUUUUGUAUUAUUCCAAGGAGGUAAAUCAAAAUGUUAUUAUGAAACUGAUAGAGGUAAGAAGACUUUAACUUGUUCAAGAAAGAUUCAAAAUGAAAUUAAUGAGAAAAUGUUCUUUUGGGCAUUUGGUAGUGAUAUGCCAGACUGUUAUGGUACUAUUUCAUUGAAUGCUGAUAAAAAGGCAGUCUCUACAUUAUUUAUUCCACGUCUCCCAGCCGAAUAUGCUACAUGGCUCGGACAAAUCCACACACCAGACUACUACAAAAAGAUCUUUUUGGUUGACCAUGUCGAGUUUACCGAUCAAUUGACCCAAUUCUUUAUGACCAACAACACCAACACCAUCUACACUGUCCAAGGUCUCAACUCUGACAGUCAAAGCACCUCUGAUCUCACCACCUUUGAGGGUAUUGACCAAUUCUCUGUCAACCACAAGUUGGCAUACCCAUACGUCGCCGAGCUUCGUGUCAUCAAGACUGCCAAGGAGGUACAAGUCAUCAAAUACUCUGUCGAAUCGACAUGCAAGGCCCACAUGGAGGUGAUGAGAAAGAUUAAAGUAGGCAUGAAGGAAUACCAAUGUGAAGCCAUCUUUUUGUACCACAUCUACCACGACCACGGAUGCAGAAACGUUGCCUACACUUGUAUCUGUGCCGCCAACGCCAACUCUGCCGUACUCCAUUACGGACACGCUGGUGAACCAAAUGCCUCGACCAUUGGUUCCGGUACUAUGUGUCUCUAUGAUAUGGGUGCUGAAUACCACGGUUACGCCUCUGACGUUACUUGUUCAUUCCCAGCCAACGGAAAGUUCACCAACGACCAAAAGAUUGUAUACAAUGCUGUGUUGGCUGCCAACCGUGCUGUCAUUGCCACCAUGAAACCAGGUGUUGAAUGGAUCUCGAUGCACAAGCUUGCCGAGCGUAUCAUCCUCGAACACCUUUUAGCCGGUGGUUUGCUUGUUGGUACCAUCGACGAAUUGGUCGAGAACAAGAUUGGAUCUGUUUUCUUCCCACACGGUCUUGGUCAUCUUAUGGGCCUUGAGACUCACGACGUUGGUGGUUAUUUGGGUGAUGCCAAGCCAAAGGUCAACUCUCUCCGUACCACUCGUUCACUCAAGGAAGGUAUGGUCAUUACAGUCGAACCAGGUUGUUAUUUCAUUGAUCAUCUCCUCAACUCUGCCUUGGCCGAUCCAGUCAAGAGCAAGUUCCUCAAUCAUGAAGUCAUUGCUCGUUUCCGCAAGUUUGGUGGUGUUCGUAUCGAAGAUGAUAUUUUGGUCACUGCUGACGGUUCUCUCAACCUUUCCUCAACCGUUCCAAGAACCGUUGAAGAAAUUGAAGCUUUCAUGUCAAAGAAGAAUCUUUUUGAUGAUUAA